AUGAGAAUCUAUUUCCUAGAUGCAAACGUCUUCAAUGUUCUCAAAGGAAGUAACAUUGAAAUAAUUCUUGAUGUCCCAAAUCAAGAUCUUGAAGCCCAAACCAAUCCUUCAAAUGCCAAUAGGUGGGUGCAAGAUAAUAUAAGAAGUCAUUUUCUAGAUGUUAAAUUUAAAUAUAUAGCCGUUGGAAAUGAAGUUGAUCCCAGUACAAAUACUGGUCAAUAUGCACGAUUUGUUGUUCCGGCAAUGGAAAACAUUUACAAUGCGUUAUCAGCUGUAGGAUUGCAAAAUCAAAUCAAGGUUUCAACUGCGACGUACUCAGGGCUCUUAGCUAACACCUACCCACCAAAAGAUAGUAUUUUUCGCGAAGAAUACAAAAGUUUCAUUAACCCCAUAAUCGGAUUUCUAUCACAAAAUAAUCUUCCACUCUUAGCCAAUAUUUACCCUUAUUUUGGCCAUACUGAUAACACUGCCAAUGUUUUGCUUUCUUAUGCACUGUUUAACCAACAAGGAAAAAACCCAGUAGGAUAUCAAAAUCUUUUUGACGCCCUUUUGGAUUCUAUGUAUUUUGCUACAGAGAAACUUGGAGGACAAAAUAUUGAGAUUAUUGUAUCGGAAAGUGGUUGGCCUUCUAGCGGACACCCUGCAGCAAUUACAGAAAAUGCAAGGACUUACUGCACGAAUUUGAUUAAUCAUGUGAAAGGAGGGGUUGGCACACCAAAGAAACCUGGACGGAUCAUAGAAACUUAUUUGUUCGCAAUGUUUGACGAAAAGCAGAAGAAGGGAAAAAUCAGUGAGCAGCAUUUUUGGACUGUUUUAUCCUGACCAGAGACCAAAGUAUCAACUCAAUUUCAAUUAAUUGUUUUAUAUCUUAUUAAU